UGGAGACUGACCCUACAUGGGUGACGUCAGACGUAUGGUAUGACCACGAUGGAGUGCGUCAUGUCUCUGGUUACGUCAUGGACUUGAACUUCAACACAGGCUGGAAGCGUGCACCUGAGGAGGGCAAAUGGCAGCUGACGUUUGACCUCCAGACACCGAAAACACUCUCCCGGAUUCGUUUAUUCAUGCCGCACGAGACCUACCCGCACGUGACGGUUUUGGUUCCGACUCCGGCAGGACAACGAUGGAGCGUUGUUAAAGAAGUUACCGACGGGCAACGAACACAAGGAUUUUUAGAAAUGAGUGAGUUUCUUUCCACUGGACAGCGCUGGCGCAUGGAAUUUACCUCUCUGACUUCUCAAACCGAAAUCUACGAGAUCAUGUUUUUCGAGGCUUGUUCCGGAUUGGACAGGACGGUCGUCUGCUCAGACGGAGACUGUGACGUGUAUGACGUCAUCUGUGACGACAUAGUGGACUGUGACGAUGGGAGUGAUGAAGCCAAUUGUGAUAAAGAGGUGUGCCCGAAUGGAAUCAUCAUCACCAAGACACAAGUAUGUGACGGCAGAGAUGACUGCGGAGACAACACAGACGAGGAACACUGCUGUGAGCGACAACACGACUGGAAAAACAGCUGUAGCAACGGAACUUGCAUAGAACGAGAAUCCCAAUGUGAUCGUAAAGCUGAUUGUACGGAUGGCAGUGACGAGCUUUUUUGCUCUGUCUCCACCUGUACGAACGGAGCUCUGUUUCACCCGGCUACGAGAUGUGAUGGUCGCGAUGACUGUGAGGACGGCAGUGAUGAGCAAAACUGCAGUGAGUUGUCCAAGAAGUAUCAAAAGUGCUUUAAGGGCAUAGCAAAUAUGAUGCACUAA